AUUGACGCAUUACAUGCAGAUUGGACAGAAAUGGGAUCUGGGAUUCAGGAGUCAGAGGAAGUGGAACAGCGUUUGAAUCCUUUCACCCGAAAGGUGGACUUACUGAAGCUCCUGUCCAGUCUCGUGCCACAGAGUAACAACGUGUCUCUGUUCGAGGAUAAUGAGGGAUGCUCAGUGCUGAACAUUGGACUCUACUCAACCCUGACUCUGCCAACGAGACACGCUUUUGGCCCGAGCUUUGCAGACGAGUUCAGUGUACUCCUUCAGCUGCGCAGCUCUCAGAAUGUGGACCGCAGUGUCCUCACCAUUCUGGACUUUUACAAUCAGGUGACACUUCAGAUUCGCCUCAGUCCCUCAGGUUUCACCUUCAUCACUGCCCAUCAGCAAGGUUACGAGUUUUUAGUGUCAGGCCUGUCUGAUUCGCAGUGGCACUGGGUCUCAGUGGGAGUCUCGUUGGAGUAUCUGGCUGUCUAUGUGAACUGUGUGCUGGUGGAGAAAGUCAGAUGGACCUUCCCAUACUUGGGCAUCCCUACAGACGGUCUGCUGAUGCUCGGAGGCAUCCUGCAGGGCUUUGAGACGCCUUUUGAGGGGGAUAUCCGGCAGAUGAUGUUCAUCAUGGGCGACGGCAGAGCUGCUAAAAAUCAGUGCAGUCUCCACCAGCCGGUGUGUGGAGCCUCAGUGGACUCCUGGUCCUCCAAAACAUCUCACAACAAACAGGUACAAAAGAAUAGAGCCACAUUCGACUGUCAUGUCUAAUGACUCU